AUGGGAGACAUUAGUGCCGCUACAACAAGCUUCAAAAUUACUGUCAGGGGAGUGCAUCAGGAAAUCUCUCUUAAUAUAGGAGACGAAGAACUGGAAUGUGGAGUAGGAGGAGGAGGGGGGAUAGGAGAAGAAGGAGCAGAAGAAGUAGUAGAAGAAGAAUGUAAAGGAGUAGAGGAGGAUGAGAAGGAGGGGAGGAAGAAGAGGAAGAAAAGGAGGGGAAGAUGGAGGAGGAAGAGGAGGAGGAGAAGAAGACUAAGGAGGAGGAAUAAGAAGAAGAAGGAGAUGAAGAAGAAGGAGAAGAAGAAGGAGGAAGAGGAAGAAGAACAAGGAGAAGAAGAAGGAGGAAGAGGAAGAAGAUGGGGGAGUGGGAAGAGGAGGAAAAAGAAGGAGGAGAAGGAAAGGAGGAGGAGGGAAAAUAGAAGAAAAGAAAAAGAAGGAGAAGAAAGAGGGGGAGCGGGAGGAAGAGAAGAAAUAAAUUUUGUAUGA